AUGGACGGCGUUGAUAUCGGCGAGGUGGUGUUUGUGGUUGCGAUGGACGGCAAAGCGAUAUAUUCGCCUUGUGCAUCGGCUCGUUCGGAGUUGCAAAGUUCGGAGGCGGCAUUGGAGUGGAACCCGCUGUCGUUGUUCCUGGCCCAGCAAUACAUUCUUGACCUUACGGACAGCACUGACCUCUGGCGCGAGCAACGUUCUUCAGCGCGUUGCACGCCGAGGCCGGUCAAAGUUGUGGCCGAGAUUGGUCAGAGGUCGGCGCGCGCGGACCGUUCAACUGAGCUUGGUGUUGGCCGAGCUGCAGUUGGGAGAGGAGAGGAUGUCGGAAGCAAGGGGCCGCACUUCUUGUUCUUCGCGACCGAACUUGCUCUGGCAUACCGUGUUGCGGAGGAGUUAAGAAUAGAUUCUCAAGAGAUUCCCCAUCCGGCUCCAUCACACGUGAACGAGUGUGGGCGACGGAACACCUCGAGAGAGCGUCUCAAGAGGUAUAUUGAGCUGCUCAUCUAA